AUGUAUCGAGUGAUGAGAUUUUUAUAUCAGUGUUUAGUGAAAUUAUUGGAGACCAUCGCCAAAGGAAGUACUGCAACCACAUCCUAUACUUAUCGAGAGAAGCGUUCAGCGAAAGGGAAUGGUUUGUCGGAAAGUCGUCAGUACUCACCUGAAAUAAAGCGAUCUCGUUACAAUCGAAAUCGUAGGAGAUCGCGAGAUGAUGAUGGCGACGAAAGAGGAUAUCGAAGGGAUAUCAAUAUGGAUCAUCGACGUGAUCGUCGUCGUCAUCGAUCUGCAUCAUCUCGAUCGACCAGCGUCGAUCGCCGUCCACCAGCGAAUCGUUCUCGUCGCAUCAGACACACGCCCAGCGAUGAUGAGCGUUCACGAAUACGUGCGACUAAAAGAUCUCCGGGUUCACCAAAAACACUGUUACCGUCGUACAAAAAGGAAACGAAUCGUGGUAAAUUUACGCGGAAACGAUCAGUUGAAAGUGACGAAAAGGAUCACGUUGAGAAAGAAGAAGAAACCAAAAUGUCGCAAGCGGCUCGUGAGGAUGCGGUGUGGGCUGAGUGA